AUGACUUUGUUGAUGACAUCAACUGCUUCGGUGGCUUUGGCUUUUACAGCGGUUAUAAUUUUGGAACCUACAUCAGAGCCACCCUCCACGAUAUCAAGAGGAUUUGGGAUGCUGCGAGGACUCAAAUGUGUCUCAAAAUAUUCCCUCUCUUCUGGAAGCUCCGGUGCCGAGCAUAAAUCCCGUGCUUACAGCGACAGCAAAUGCCACGAGGUCCGGCAAAAGAUGCAAAUGCUUGCUAGCACCGGUACCCAAGUUUUGCAAAGAAUUCAUUGCGACUGGACUUAG